AUGACACGCAACAACACCAAACGCUAUGUGGACAUUCUCCCCGAUCUGGUUUACAACUACAAUCACACACUGCAUUCUUCUUUACCACAUAUGUCCCCGUCACAAGUGACCAGAGGGAACCAGGUGAAAGUGUGGGACCAUGUCUACCUGAAACCCAUAAGGAAGAAAAUCAACAGUACCAGCACAAGUAUGAACAUCAGCAAACCUAAAGCCAAGAGAUAUCUAUUUAAAGUAGGUGAUCUGGUUCGCAUCUCAUAUCUGAGAAGACCGUUUAGCACAGUGUUUGACCUCAAGUGGACGGAGGAGCUGUUUAAAGUGGCUAGACGUUACAAGAAACAGGGUUUUGCUCAAUACAAACUGAAAGAUUUCCACGACGAACCUCUGACAGGAUCCUUUUAUGCAAAUGAGCUAAAGAAAGUCAACAAGGCAGCAGGACGGUUCUGGCAAGUAGAGAAGGUCUUGAAAAGGAAAAAAGGUGAAAGGAAAGACCUAUGCUUUGGUGCGUUGGCUAGGAUGGCCUAA